AUUCACCUUAACUAUUUUAAAAUGUCUUGAAAAAACAUUCUAUAUUCACUGAAUGAAGGGUUUAGACAUCACCAGGAAUAUCAGAAGGCCAUUAUUUCAUGCUAAGUUCAUAAUGGUCCGUAGUGGAAAAAAUGGUAACCUUCAUCUUAAACAGAUUGCAUAUUAUAAACGAACUGGUGAAUAUCAUCCAACUACUUUGCCGAGUGAGAGAAGUGGCAUAAGAAGAGCAGCAAAAAAAUUUCUCUUCAAAGAAAAAAAGCUGUUUUAUGUUGGAAAAGACAGAAAACAAAAUCGUCUGGUAAUUGUUUCAGAAGAAGAAAAAAAGAAAGUCCUAAGAGAAUGCCAUGAAAAUGACACUGGAGCCCAUCAUGGCAUAUCCAGAACCCUUACUCUAGUGGAAUCAAGUUACUAUUGGACUUCUGUGACUAAUGAUGUCAAACAGUGGGUAUAUGCUUGUCAGCAUUGCCAAGUGGCAAAAAAUACAAUUAUUCUGGCACCUAAACAGCACCUUCUCAAGGUAGAAAAUCCAUGGAAUAUAGUUACUGUUGAUCUGAUGGGCCCAUUUAAUGCAAGCAACAGAAGUAAUGUAUAUGCUAUAAUUAUGACAGAUUUGUUCACAAAAUGGGUUGUGAUUUUGCCUCUGUGUGAUGUUUCAGCAACAGAAAUUUCUAAAGCUAUUACCAAUAUAUUUUUCUUAUAUGGACCUCCUCAGAAAAUAAUAAUGGACCAAAGAGAUGAGUUUAUUCAUCAGAUCAAUGUCGAACUUUGUGAAUUGUUUGGCACAAAGCAAAUUGUAAUUUCCCAUGCUUCCCAAACUGUUAGUUCAACUGAAAGUACACCUAAUACAAUCAAAACAUUUCUUUCCAAACACUGUGCCGACCACCCAAACAACUGGGAUGAACACCUAUCAGCCGUUUCAUUUGCCUUCAAUGUAACUCACUUGGAGCCUACUAAAAAUACACCAUAUUUUCAAAUGUUUAAUCGAAAUCCUCAUAUGCCUGAGACUUCAGAUGUUCUUCAUGAAGUGGAUGAUGAUAAUACAAGUAUGUUUGCCAGAAUUCUAGGUGCAAUUAAAGAAGCUGAUAAAAUAAUGGAGAAUAAGACAACUUCAGCAGACCAGGUGGAGAACAACAAUAUUGAUGAACUAAAUAAAACCAAAAUCAUUGUUAAAAAGAAACCAAAGCAAUUAAAUCCAUUUCAUCUAAAAGUGGGUCAUGAAGUUUUAAGACAAAGGAAAAACUGGUGGAAGGAUGGUCGUUUCCAGUCUGAAUGGGUUGGUCCAUGUGUCAUAGACUAUAUUACAGAAAGUGGAUGUGCUGUUUUAAGAGACAACACUGGGACUAGACUUAAAAGACCAAUAAAAAUGUCCCACCUUAAGCCCUAUGUAAGAGAACCCAGUGAACAAGACAGUCUUUAUCUCUUACAAGGUUCAGUAGUGGCAGAUCAUGACUACAUUGGAUUGCCUGAAAUUCCCGUUGGCGCAUACCAAGCAAAUAUUCUGGUAGAAGAUGCAAAUAUUGGCAUAGUUGAUAAUGACUUACUAACAUCGAGCAAGGAUCAUGAACUAUUAGAAUAUAGAAAUACCAAAAUAUCUCCAUUGAUAGAAGAUCACAGUGCUCUUGAAAAGCAGUCUUUCAGUCUGUUGGACUCUUCCAACCAAGUCCUUGAGUACUUAAGUUAGUAAAUACCAAAAUUAAUUUCAAGUGCUUGCUUAGAAUGUGUAACUCCUUGAAUCUUGAUAUCUUUUCCAUCCUAAAAGGUUGUGUAGAAGAAUGUCUUGAUACUCUUCAUGACUAAUCAUGAAGAUUUAUAACUAUUUAUUUAACUAAAGUUGUGCCAUGUUUGAAUGUAAUACAUGUAUGUGUGUAUGUGUGUGUAUAUACAUAUACAUAUAUAUAUAUAUAUAUAUAUAUAUAUAUAGGCAAAGGAAACAUAUAAUAUAUAGAAGUCACAUUUCCAUGGAAAAAGAGAACAGGUAAAACAUGUUUACUUCUUAGGAAGUAAACUAAAUUCCAGCUCAAAACUGUCAAGUUUUUGGUAUUGAUAACAUGUUUUCAGUUUUUAAUUUUUGGUAUAUUCCAUCCCCCACCCCUUUAAAAAUAAGCUUGAACUACCUAGGAUGGGAUUAAUAAAUAUUUGUUCAACCAUGACAAUCGAUUAAAUGAAACUUCUUUCUGUGUCAUUGGAACUUGUAAAAGCAGUAUUCUAGGAAAAAAUUUAGAGUUUUUAAUGGCCUCUUACAGGACACUGGUAAUUUCACCUUUAGGAUCUGAAACUAUAUUUUGGUUUGAAAGUAUUUGUGUAGUUCUCUAAGGUUUUUUUGCAAUCUUCAGUAAAUAAUGAUAACCAAUAUGAAAGAUUUUAAACUGUAAUUUCUAUGAUACUUAUAACUUCAUUCAAAUAUUUGUUAUAAAGCACUUUGAAGAAUACUGUGAGAAAAUUAAAAGAUGAGUUAGAUGUGUGCCUUAUCCUCAUAAGGGAUUUACAGUCUAUAGACCAUAUAAGCUAUAUACAACACAAGUUACAAGCUACAUGCUGAAUUCCAUAAGAGAAAUAAAAAGAAUAUACUUAGGGAGGCAAAAAGAAGAGAGGUAAUUCUGGGUAAGAAACUUAGGUUUAUGCUUAUAAAAGAAGGUCAUUUUUUUAUCUUGACCUUGAAGAAUGUCUAGGAUUUGGUGAGAAGGUACAAAAGAAUAAGAGGAAAAGAAAGAACACAGAGACAGAAAAGUAUUGUCAUGAUUCACAGAAAGGCAGGGCUUUUGUCUGUAAUGCAUCAGGUGUAAAGUGAAGGAGUAAGGUAUGGGGAGAUAAAGCAGAAAAGGGAGGUAGGAAAUCUCAUGGAAUGCUUUGAAUGCUGUUAACGCCAGUACCUCAGAAUAUGACCAUUUUUGGAAAUAGGGUUAUUGCAGAUAUUAACAUUGUUUAAGAUGAGGUCAUUUUGGAGUAGAGUGGGGCCCUGAUUCAGUAUUACUGAUACCUUUAUACAAGGAGGAAAUUUUGCACAGACUCAGGGAGGGACGUGAAAAUGAAGACAGAGAUCGGGAUGUUCCUUCAACAAGGGAUGCCUGAGAUUACCAACAGACCACCAUAGAACAGUCUUCCUCACAGCCCUGCCAACAACUGCACCUCAGAUUUGUAGUCUUCAGAACUGUGAGACAAAAAAAACCUUUUUUAAAAGCCACCUAGUUUGUGGCACUUCGUAUGGCAACCUUAGCAAUGUAAUACAAAUAUCUACUAAAUUAUUUUUCAUUUUCUGGGAGACUUUGAAGGUCUUUGUGUAGGGAAGUGUCAUGUUCAAAACUGUAUUUUAGGGAUUUUAAUCUGGCAGCUGGUAAAGAAUUAGAGAAGGAGAGAAGAAAAGUAUGAGGAUUAGUUGAUACAAUUUUGCAAUUAUGGUGAGUAAUGAGAACCUCAUCUCUGCUGGCAGCAUUGGUAGCAUAUCUUAAGAUCUACAUAAUAGCUCACAGAUUUUAUACACCAGUCAAACAGUGGGUGAUACAUGAUACUGAAAGUGGAGACCUGUGGUACUACAGUUACUCAUUUAAGAAGAUUAAUUUAUGUUUAAUAUAGGUGAAAGGAUAUGGAGGAAAAUCUAUCUGGGAUCUCAUACCGAUAGACCACAUAAAUUGCAGAUAAAAUCCCAGAAAGAAACCUUAAAGAAAAGAGGUAUCAACCAGUGAUACCUGUCCAGCUCCCAUCAGCAGAACAAAGUUCAUGAGGGAGCCACUGGGUAGUCUCUUUGGUGUCAAGUCAUCUUUGCUUAGCUCAGAUAAAGUAACUCUCCUUCAAUGAUCAUCUGACUCAAAAUCAGCCUCUUUUCCCAUUGUAAAAGGGUAAUUAGAAAUUACAAUUUCUAAACAUCUUUUUAAAAAUUCUGCCUCCCUUAAAUAAUUUCUGAUCAAACAGACCUUUAGCCUGUAUGCAUAGGUCAUGUUGGGCUACACUAUUCUGUGCCUGGAAACCACCCUCAAAUCUUAGUGGCCAAACACAACAAAGCUUUAUUUCUCUGCCACCCUCUUUUUUCAUUAAGGGUACGGCUUUCUUUUCAUCUUUACUCCAAGAUGCAGUCUGAUGCAUCUCACCUCUGGAAUACACCAGUCACCACACAAGGGAUAUAACAUGGCGAACAGAGCACUAUCUCUGAAAAGUCUCGCUGUGAAGUUGUGCACAUCCCUUCUACGCACAAACCUAGUCCUACACUACUCAUGGGUAUGGGUUUAUUUUGUGGUGAUGACAAUGUUCCAAAGUUAGUGGUGAUGGUUACACAAUUCUGAACAUACUAACAUCCACUGAAACGUACAUUUCAAAAGGGAGAGUUUUGUGGUAUGAGCAUUACAUCUCGAUGCAAUCGUUAUAAAGAAAGUCUAAGCCAAGGUUUAAAAAAGAAAACAGCCACAUAGCCACCCCUAAUACCAAAGGAUAGGUAAGUACAGUCCUACUAUACUCCUGGAUGGAAGAAAAUUAGAAUAUUGGUGGUUGGUUAUAGUAGCUGCCAUGCUCAUCUUUGUUUGCAAAUUCUAUUAUAGGACAUUUAUAGUGAAAGUUGUUUUUACUUCCUAAUAAAUAGUCAAUACAAUCUGUUCCAGUAAACAGCUUUUAUUACUGAAAUCUCCGGUUUCUAAUGUAGAGUUUUCAAAUACAGAUUAUAAGUAAACAAAUACAGACAGAAGAUAUCCACAAAUUAUAUACACACACAUAGUCCUGUCUCUAAUGUUUGCAGAGCCCUGUCAAGGGUGAAAAUGGAGGUCCACAUACCAUACACCUAAAUAUUUAGAAGCUAUGAAUCAAGCUAACAAGACUGUUCCUACCCCCAAACUUGCCUCUUAAGGCCCUAGG